GAAUGUCGUGAAGACUGAAGCCUCAUAAUAAGGAGAGAUUAUAUGUAGAUUUACGGACUACUUAAAAGGAUAAUAACAUAUAUAUUACAUAUAUAGGUGGUCUGUGUGCAGUGUAGGAGUGAGUUAUAUCGUUCCCCGUCAAAUUGCCCCGGCUUUGUGUUUGUGAAGCCUAUAAUUUGGUGGUCUCUGAUAAAUGUCGUUGUGCUCUGACCUUAGUGUGUAUCGUGUUGCAAUAACGGCCUGCGCAGUUAUACACGUUGCGAUGAUGUUAUUUCUCUUGUUGUAUGUUUAAACUGUUGUUCUGCUCGUUCUUUGAUCAGACUCUUGUUUUAAUUUCGAAUUUAGAUAAUAUGUACAUGCUUUAUUUAUUUAUUUUGGUCGAUUAGACUGUAAAGAGACAAUAGCAUUUGAUCACUAUGAUGUAAUGCACAUAAAACUCCACUAUAAUUUGUACCACUAACCUACGCGAGUUCUAGAAAAACAUAAAAUGUAAUAAUAGUGAAGUAUGAGGAGCUAAGUGGUAAUAAAUAUAACCCCGAAGUAAGUCCGCCACAGAUAACGGCUUUAUAUAAUAAAGUCUAGUAAAACAUGUGAAGUUGAUUAACAAUUCCCACGUGACGUCCCUAGAUAGCGAAUUUCUCGUCUCUCUCUCUCUCUCCUUGAAGAGAGCUCCGUCCGUGUGAUAUAAUGUGCAUGUCAGAAGUGAGGACUUCACGGCUGAGGGAGACGUUAAUAUAGCACGUAUAUUACAACACGUUGUACAGUAGUCGUAGUGAGCGACACAAGCUUUUAGACUCUGUCAGUUGUAUGUUGGACCGUGGUGAAGUUAUGUGUUUGUUACGUUGUAUUUCAAGUGUGUAGAUCUACUUCCUGCGAUAUCUUAACUCAACAAGUCAACCUCUCUCUCUCUUCUUCCGCCUAAAGGUAUGUACAUAGUUUUGUCUCUACUUACGACCUGUCGUAAGUUCAUUAGCGACCAGCUAUAAGUUGUUUAGUUAUUAGUAGCAACCUGCUAUCUCUUUCUCUGAUCACCCUGAUAUCGUAUCUAAAAUAUGCCGCUCAACAAAGUAAACCGUACAAUCACCAGACGCAAUAGAAACAGAUUAAUUGCAAACUUGCCCGGGUCCGUUGAGAUGCCGCGCACCGAAACUAAGUAAUUAGCCUCGCUAAUAAUACACAUGAGUGUAGGUUACAGCAAUUUGGUUAAUGAAAUAUGUCGCAUGUGAUAUCUCCACAUUUUAGCCCUGUUUGGUUAUGACAAUUUUAAAUGGUGAGCCUGUGAGAGGUUAUAAAUAUAAGCGUGAAUCAUGGAAUAACGAUAGUAAGGCGGGGUAUUGUACAAGGCAGUACUUUAUGUAAGCUUCAUGUUCACUUCCUGACGACUGCUCCCUGCUCAGCAGCCGUUUUUACGAACGUAACAGAUCGGAAAUGAUUUUAACAUUCAUGUGACAUCAUGUCGUGUAGUUUUAUUUUAGUCGCAGAACUAACCUGUAAAUCAAUUAUACCAUUUCUCAUAACACUUAUCAAAUCGAUGAUUAGAUUAUUGUUUUUACAUUGAUAGGCGUUUAUUACGUCUGAAAAUAAAAUGUGUGCCGAUGUUAGUUGAGCGUCUUGGUACUGUAAUAGUUAUGCGUAUCUAUAAUAUGCAUUCCUUAGUUCUUAACACGAUAUGGACGUUCACACUUUAUUUUAGAACCUUGUCAGCUUUUAGGUCUGAUAAACUUUGACCGUGUAUUUAUACAUUGUUUUGUGGGUGCUAUGUUGUUGUGGGGUCAGAAUACGUUUUGGUAAAUCUGUGAAUUUCGACCGUGAUGAUCGAUUUAAAGUACGUGAUUUUCACUCAAGAGUUCAUUUUUCACACGUAAUAAUUGUGACAGAAUCUGGUUAAUUAGCGCCGUGUGGUACGGUAUGUAUAGUAUGUCUUCACUGCAUUCCUUCUACAGUUGUGCUUUUAACAAGUGUGCUUCUUCAACUAGAGUGCUGUCUGUUCUCUCUUGUACUGUUCUUGCUUGAUAAUUAAACUUGUUUUAUAUUGUACGACAAAUCGUUUUGUAACCAAACUUCGUUGUUUCUCGUAAGUCGGCGAAUCUUUUAUAAGAUAAAGAAGCCAUUGUCGGCAUCACAGAUUAAAGUGAACACGGCUCUAUGAAGAAAACAAGGCUUGAAAGAAGGAGCUAGAAUGUCCUAUGUUCUUUGUAGUGGCUUUGUUAGUGAUUUUGUUUUGGAUUGUGACGAACCGUUUUAUCACUCAACUCUUUCGGUGCUUACUUUGGGGCUAAGCUUCUAGAUUGGGUGUAAACUCUAGACGCUAUUUUAGAUAACUUGGAUUUAUGUGAACACUACUCUAAUAAAAACCAGGCUUUUUAGACAUAAAAUCAACAAAUUAAACCAGCAAAAGUAACCAUACUGCAUGAUCAAUAUCCUAAUUUAAAUUAGAAUCCGGAAGAAUAUCCAAAUGAAUUAAAUGACAGUGUAUUGAAACUAAAAAAUGAACUGCAAUCAUUGUAGCUUCACCUCAAACUUCACACCAGAAAUAGAUGUAGCAAAAUGUCUACAGGGCUGAAAGCCCCGUCCGCCAGGGGUCUGGCCAGACCUGCUCCCGUCAAGAAAAGUGGACUCGCCAGGCCGACCACUGGCCUAACCAAGACUCCGUCUGCUAACAAGGUGUCAGGUAAAUUGGCAGGGAGUCGGGAGUCUAUAACUAGCGGUCCAAUCAGAUCAGCUUCACGAAGUGCUCUCAAAUCUUCUGCUUCCAGUCAGUCUAUUAAUUCUGGAUUAUCGAGGUCCGGCAGCAGUGCAUCAGUUAAUGAUAUGAAUCCUCUGAAAGUAGGAACCAGGGUAAAAACGAAGGACACUAAAUUAGAGGGUACUGUGAGGUUCUGCGGAGAGCCACAGUUUGCGAGUGGAAUCUGGGUGGGGGUAGAGUUAGAUACGGAGAAUGGGAAGAACGAUGGUGAGGUCAAGGGAGUACGAUACUUCCAAUGCGAACCGCAGCAUGGUCUAUUCUGUAAACCUGAUAAACUCAACAGGAUUAAGGAGCCAGCCAUGAGGCCUAUCCGGACCCCAUCUAACGUUAAUGUCUCAAAAGUUAACUACGAAGCCAAGUUCGGUCUCAGAAUUGGAGGGAGAUGCAUUGUGAACGAAACUAAGGAGGGCACGCUGUUAUUUGUGGGUCUCACUCAAUUUGCUAAAGGAGUGUGGGCCGGUGUGGCGUUGGACACAGACGAUGGAAAGAAUGACGGGUCUGUCAAAGGCGAAAGGUACUUUACAUGCGAUCCAGGCUUUGGCUUGUUUUCCCAAGCUGCCAAGAUUAAAAUGAUAGAUAGUCCCCUUUCUUCCACUACUUCUCUCUCAUCAUUCGAUACUCCUCGUAAAGCCUCCGUUAACAAUAACGGCGAGGAAGUCAUGAAACCUGACUUCAUCAACCGUACUCCAGCUUCCACUCCUGGUAUCAAAUCCUCCCUGUCGGGUCUCUUGAGCAAGAGCCGAGAUGAGAAUAAUAAGAACCGAGAUAUCGAAUCGAUGCAGAAAAACAUCGGCGACCUUCAACAAAGAUUGAGUGAAGUUACAAGCCCGACCACGAAAAAUGGUCCAGCCAUUCCCUCACUAUUACGUAGGGAGAGCUCUAAUGAAGCGACAGAGGACCAGAGAUGUCCCUCCUCCUCCAGCUCAGACCUGGAUCAAACUCUGACGGACGACUUGACCAGAUCUGACGACUCCCAAGGUAGCAGAGUCCUCCUCAACAUGGAUACUCCAGACUUGUUCGAGGACCCACUAUCUUUAUCUGAGUACUGCAGAUCACCGUCUCCUGCUCCCAGCACAACUUCCUCCGUCAGAAGCUACCGAAGGAAGUUAUCCCAGAAUACCCCUAGCAUGAUACCGGACUUUAAUAAUCGCAGAGAAGAUCAGACGAUCUCCGAGGUGAUAUCAAGUAAAUUCAAAAAGAAGACUCCGAAAAUAAAGGUGACGAAAUCAAAAGCAUCACCGGAUACCCGGUUUAUCAGACAGAACAUCCAGAAGUGGAACAUAGAUAUCAGAACACGGAGGGACUCAGAAGGAUCCUCCCCCUCCUCCAACAACCCCUGUCCUCAACACUCUCCCUCUCCACAAACCAGGACUCGCAACAUUCCUGUUCGAGUAAGAAGCUACUCCUCGAGUAGACAGGAGCCUGAAGAUCCAGUUUUCAGGGAUACCAAGACUGGUAGUUUGAACAGGGGCCUUUCCGUGGGAGAUCUCCAGAAACUAGACCAGAUCUCUCAUCUAUUCGAUGCUUUCAAAUGCCCUAUAGAUGUUGCAGCUGGACGAAGAUCUGAUGUUUUAAAACGCAUCAAGGACAAAAGUUUAGAAUCUGUGCCGUUGUGUCGGCUUAUGGACGGGGUAGAUCAAGAAGAGACUCCCUCAACCAGACUUAACAGCACUAGCAGCAACCAUAGUCCCGACCAAUACGAACAGCUCAAGCAACUCCAUGAAGAGAGCGAGAAAGCUAGAAACGAUCUGGCCGAGAAAGUUAAAGCCUCAGAAAACGAAAAGUUGACAUUCGAAGCUAGACUUGCUGAAGUGGCUGAGGCCGCAGAUAAGGAGAAGUCCGGUCUCAACUUCAAACUAGAACAGCAGAACAAGGAGAUAGUCGUAUUAAAGUCAAACAACUCUUCUCAAAUAUCCAAACUACAGGACGAAAUUAACAACCUGGAGACGGAACUCGCCAUUUCACUCGAUAAGAUCGGGGACUACGAGAGCUCUGCCUUACAAAACGAUAACUCUGGUGAAAUUGCCAUGAACCAGGAACAAAUAGCCGAACUUCAGGCUGAACUCAAAAAGAUAAAUCACGCUAUAGAUCAGGAUCAAAGCAAGAUUGCUCAUCUAGAGUCAGAACUUUCAGAUGCACUUUUGUUAUCAGAAACUCUACAAAGCGAUAUAAAUCAGAUGACAGCAUCUCAAGACGGUGCUGCAGGACAAUUUUCAACUGCUCAAAGCAGAAUCAAAGAGUUGGAGGCUCAGCUUGCUGAUGCUACUAGUUCACUCUCAGACUAUAAAUCGAAUAGUGAUAGUUGUACCGCAGAUUUCGUAGCUGAACGUGAAAUUAACAAGGAACUCAGCGAAGAGUUAGAAUCGUUCAAACAGCAAUCAUCGGACCUUGAUAACGAGAUUUUUUCAAUGCGAAGUGCGCACGAGUCUUACGUUCAGUCCAGCGACAAUAAACUUUCAAAAUUGGAGGAUCAGCUUCAAGAAGAAGGGCAGACACUUGCAAAGCUGCGGUCUGAGUUGUCAGAACUAUCCAGCUCCUCCUCCUCAGACAAGAUCCAUCUCGAGCAGAAACUCCAAGACUCCCUGAACAGUAUCUCCAGACUUCAGGAGCAAGCUGCACGUGAUGCUGCGCGCAUCUCCGACCUCGACAACAUGUUGUCCUCCGCAGAGAGCGACGGUAGCUCCGAGCUGAUCGUCGCGCACAAAAAGAUAUCGGAACUGGAGAAUGUUUUGAAGGAGCGCAAGACUGCCAGUGACGUGGAGCUGAGGGAGGUUAAUGAUACCGUCACGGAGCUGAGAGUAGAGCUGAGCAGAGAGAAGCAGUUGGCUAGCGAGCAGUUAGAGAUUGGCAACAAGAAAUGUAAAGAUCUCCAAGUCUCUUACGAUCAGAUACAAAUGGAGAGGUCCAUGGAACAGAUCCAGACCGAGAAAGAGAUAGGAGAACUACAACUGCAACUAGCUGAAACAGACAAGCUGCGUUCAGACAACUCUAGACUCAACAACAACAUCAACACUCUCCAAACUCAACUAUCAACGCUCCAGACAAAAUGUGACAACCUCCAAGACUCCAACAAGGGAAUAUCUCGUCUUCAAGACCAAAUGGAGUCGGAGCGAACGGAACACGCCAACUUGGUUGCCAGCCUGGAAAACAACAUAGACGAACUAGAAACCAGACUAGCAAUUGCUAACAACGACAAAGCAGCUCAGAGUGAGAUGAGCGCUAAGAACGAAGCUGUGAUGCAGGCCCAGAUCACAUCGUUAGAGAGGGAGACCGAGCGACUGAGGGAGCAGUUGGUCGAGCAGGAGGUCAAGGCCGAGGAGAGGAUCACCAAGUUAGAGGCUCAGUUAGGAGAGAUCGCCACGAUUUCAACCGAGAAAACGGCAGAGAUUGCAGAAUUACGGGAAGAAUUAGAUGGUUGCAAAGAUCAACUCAACGACUCUGAACUCCAGCUCAGAGACCUAGCUGAGGAAUACGAUUCCAAGAGAGUUGAGCUAGAAGGAAGCCAAGCUACUGUGACCGAACUAGAGAGUCACAUGAAACAUUUGACCGACGAAAAGAGAGUGUUGUCAAGUGAGCUGCUGACAAUUACUAAAGAACUGGGCGAACUGAAAAUAAAAACCAAUAGGCAAUCAGACGAGGAAAUAGAAAACUUGCACAAACAAAUCAACAAUCUGACGGAAGAAAAUGAUAUGCUGAAACUUGAUUUUCAAGAAAAGAACGCCGAGUUUGACGACUUGACGAUGGAAGUGACCAAUUUAAGGGAAAUCAGCGAAACUGCCUUCACUGAGAUCAAGAAGAACGAAUUACAGUUCACUACGUCCGUCAAGAAACUCAAGACCACCGAAAUACAGCUUGACGAAGCACUGGGUAGAAUGAGAGAUCUACAAUGCAAGAUAAACGACCUAGAAGAGGAGGUGGUGCGAGAACGUUCCAGAACCCACGAGUUAGAACAGCGCCUCAACUCUCCCCCCGUUAUGAGCUUCGAGAACAUAGACAAUCUGAGUAACAUCUCCAGUUCUCCUCCUAUCACAGCACCUGGCUUUAUUCCUAAUAGGGUGUUCUGUGAUAACUGUGAUGUGUUUGAUGAGCAUGACACUGAGAACUGCCCUGUUGAGUUUGAUGAUUACUCGUUGGAGGUUGAAGAUGAGGUUGAUAGAGGAGUAAGUCCGGGUGGUAUCAGACACGGCGGUCUCAGAGGACUGUCAGGACGACCUUACUGUACUGUCUGUGAAACGGAGGCAGAUGAUGAUUGCGAUCAUCCACAAUGUGAUGUCUGUUUAAUGUUCGGACACACAGCUGCAGAGUGUGAAGAUGACAUGACCUUCUGAAGAAACCCCCACCAACGUGUAUAUAAUAAGUUGAGGGUCAGACUGCGGGUUAUAAUAACGGUUGAAAUGAUUUUACGUUUCGAUUUAUUGUGAAUAUUAACGGGUUUAACGAUCGGUAUUAUAAACGCCACUCAACCUAAUAAGGGUAAUAAAGACUGGGGCUCGUUGUUGUAAGAUACUGUGUUUGUUUUAAACGCAUGCCUAUUUACCCCACUAACUGGACAGUGGACACUGUCGUUGGAGAUAAACUUGGCAAGUUUUGGGAGUCACUUUGUGAAAGAGGGCAUCACUUUAGUGAAAAAAUGUAAACUAGUGAACUUGAAAAUUUAUAGAAUUGAAGAAUGAUGACAAGCUUCCCCUCAGAUUUUUAUAAUGCAUUAAAAUUAUUUUAAACUUUGUUUUGAGUGUUAUGAACCUUCACCUGUGGUUGAGAUAGGUUACUAGGGCGAUUCUGGUUUCAGAAUUUACUUUUUGUAUAAAGCGUGUAAUCAAAUUAAUUGAUCGUAAAAGUUGGUAAAUGUAAAAAGAGAAUGGAUGUAAUAUUUGAUAUGAUUUUUGUAAAUAUCCUAGAAAUUUUAGGUUAAUUUCACCUUUAAGUUUAAA